AUGGGACAAACAUUUUCAGUUACUGACUUCCUGCAGUCCGAUGACUCCAAGAUAUGCGUUGUCAUGGUGGGACUCCCUGCCAGAGGCAAGAGUCUAAUUGCGGGAAAAGCCAUGCGUUACCUUGGCUGGGUGGGAAUUCCCGCCCGUGUCUUCAACGUGGGUAGCUACCGUCGCUUCAACACCCCACAGCCAUCGGCUACCUUCUUUGAUCCUCACAAUGAGGAGGGUGAGCGCAUGCGACGUGCUGCUGCGGAGGCCGCCAUGUCUGAUAUGAUCCAGUGGUUCAAUGCUGGCAAAGGUGUUGUGGCCAUUCUUGAUGCCACCAACUCUACCAAGGAGCGUCGCCAGUGGAUCUAUGAGAAGUGUCACGAAGCGGACAUCGAGACUCUCUUCGUCGAGUCGAUUUGCGACGACGAAGAUCUGAUCAUGACCAAUAUCAAAGAGGUCAAGACUACCUCGCCUGAUUACAAGGGCCAGGACCCAGAGGAGGCCGCCCUCGAUUUCCGCAACCGCAUUCGCAACUAUGAAAUGGUGUACGAAACUAUCGGCGACAGUGAGAAGAGCUACACCUACGUCAAGUUGAUCAACGUUGGAUCUACCGUGAUCAUCAAUCAGAUCAAAGACUAUCUCUCCAGUCGUCUGGUCUACUACAUUCAAAACCUGCAUAUCAAGCCUCGUUCGAUCUGGCUCUCACGCCAUGGCGAAUCCGAGUUCAACCUGAGCGGCGCCAUUGGCGGCGACUCCAACAUCUCCGAGCGUGGCGAGGCGUAUGCCCGCGCUCUUCCCGAGCUUAUGCGCAAGUCCGGCAUUCCCGAGAACACUAAGAUUGUCAUCUGGACUUCCACUCUCAAGCGCACUAUUCAGAGUGCCCGUCACUUAAAGGCCGAGACCGGCUACGAGAAGCUGGAAUGGAAGGCCCUGGACGAGCUUGAUUCAGGCGUCUGCGACGGUCUGACCUACGAACAAAUUGCGGAGAAGUACCCUGAGGAUUUCGCUGCUCGUGACGAGGAUAAGUACAACUACCGCUAUCGUGGUGGCGAGUCUUAUCGCGACGUGGUUAUUCGUCUCGAGCCCAUCAUCAUGGAGCUGGAGCGUUCGGAGAACGUCAUCAUCGUCACUCACCAGGCGGUUCUUCGUUGCAUUUACGCCUAUUUCAUGAAUGUGCCCCAGGAGCAGAGUCCUUGGAUGGAAGUUCCGCUUCACACUCUCAUCAAGUUGACCCCUCGUGCUUAUGGUACCGAGGAGCAGCGCUUCAAGGCAGAUAUCCCCGCCGUGUCUACCUGGCGUGGUAAGGGUACCUCGGCCAAACACCAGGACUUCCCCACAAAGGAGGAAGCGAAGGAAGAAGCCAAGAAAGAAGCCAAGGAGGAGGCCACGGAGGAGGCCAAGGAGGAGACUAAGGGAGAGGCCACGGAGGAGGCUCAGGAGGAGACCAACUAA